AUGUGGCCUCGCGAUGAGAUUGACGCGGUAUUGGCGCGCCUGCCUGGGGCGGCCUUCGGUGGCCGCGUUGGUUCCGAAGCCGCAGCGGCGCGGGUCGAGUUCGUCGCUGGGGCCGACCCUGGCGCGCGCGAGGGCGGUCGGCCCCUCCUGUGGCACGAUGGAAUUGCACGCCACAUGGCGGAGCUUUGCGAGAGUGUGGAUCCGAGCGAUUUUGCCGACGAGAGCACGCGACAGUGGAUUCUCGACAAUAUCAAAUCGGGAGCUGCCCCGUUCGACGGGGCGAGCGAGCCAGGCGAUUGGCCGACGGUCCGCAUUUCUCGCGCCCAGGCCGGGGCCGGGCCCGUUGCGGCGGGCGGCGAGCUCCCCGAGGCCAUGCGCGAUCACGCGAAGCUUCGCACUGCGUCGCUCGAGCGCGAGAAGAAAGGCAAUAAGCUGUCUUGUUGCUUGCAGGCUCGCCUCAUGGAUUGGGGAAGGAAGUCGAUUCUCGCCGGUGCGCUCACGCAUGCGAAGUUUCUGGGUUAUCAAUUCCAGAUUCUCAAGGUCAUGGCCGCGGCGGCACCGCGGGCGCCGCCCCCAGUGGCUGCGGCGCGAGGUGCCGGCGCCGACAGUGUUGGCAGCAACGCUCAGGUCGAGGUCUCCGCGGUGGCCGCGGGGGGAGGGGGCGGCCGGUCGUCAGUGCGCUCAGCACGGGGGGGGCAGCGGCGCUGGGCCAAGGGCUUCCCCGCUCCCGAGCUGGCCGCCGCGCGGCCCAGCACCGCGUCAGGUGCGAAGCCAAUGUCGGUGCGGACCUGCCCCGAGCGAUUUCUCGGCGUUGGGCGUUUCGGCGAGGUCCAGCUCAGGACGCAGCGCCGCCGCCUCUACGCCCUCGAGGGGCGGGGCCCCGCGCGGCCUGGGCGAUUUGCGAUGGAGAAAGCCGAGAGCGUGGCGGUCUGUUGUCCCGAAGGGGCUGGUCCGAGGUGGCCGUCCUUCAACACCCCGUGCUUGGAGAGCGUGGAGCCCGCCAAGCUGAGCUCGCCGCGGCCGCUGAGCGCAAGGCUGUGCGCGCCGGCAGCCGGCGGGCCUCCCGGGCUGGCCUGGUCCGUGGCCGAGGCCGCCCAGGGCGGCGCCACCUCGCGCGCGCACCUCGGGGGGGCGCGGGCCGCGUCGUGGGACCCGGAGCAGGGCGGCGGCGGCACGCCCGGCUGCGCGCACGUGGUCGGGGGAGGCGGGGCAGACCCUCGCCUGGCCGGAGAGCCCAGAGGGGGCGCUGCCGCCACAUCUCGGCAUCGCGGCAGGGCGCUGCGGAGCACCGCCGGCUCGUCGGAGCAGCGCGCCCACAACAGGUCGGCGAGAGCCUCUGAGGCAUCUGGCCGCGGCUCGAUUCGCUGGAGCAAUGUGCUGGAUACCGCGAAUCAGAAGGUGGUUCGCAAAGCACACCGCCUCUUCCACCAACUGAGGAGCAGCCCUCGAGUCAAGAGGUGGGGAAGUUUCGCCAGGUCGUGA